AUGUCAACCUUCGAUGGCAUCGUAGAAGCUCCCCUGGCAUGUUUCCUUAGCCAUGUUCAUAGCGACCAUCUUCAGGGCCUGGAAUCGUUGAGAGCACCUUUCAUAUACUGCUCUGCUGCUACGCGAGAGAUCCUUCUCCGCCUUGAGAAGUAUCCCCAUCGCAUUAACUUUAGCAAGGGGAUAUUGGAGUCAAGGAAGCAGCACUACAAACACCUAUCUAAGCUGUUGGGGAAUGGAAAAGCAAUUCUGUAUACCGGCGACAUUCGAGCGGAAUCUUGGUGGGUUGAUAAUCUCAUCAGAAACCCAGUCCUCAUUCCAUAUACCAUUGGAAGCAAGCUGCUUGAUAAGAUAUAUCUUGACACAACAUUCGCUACGAAAUCUGAUGUGUACCAAACUUUUGCCUCAAAAGCGGAAGGAAUCAGAGAACUUUUAGAAAAAGUACAAACAUAUCCAGACAAUACUCUGUUCUAUCUACGCGUAUGGACAUUUGGCUACGAAGAUGUCUGGCUAGCGUUGUCAGCUGCCCUUAAUACCCGGAUCCACGUUGACCGAUAUCAAAUGGGAGUGUAUCAAUCCCUAGCGACGCGUGAUGCGAGUGGUUUUGGCAUUGAUGAAGCGCCAUUCCUUUGUGGAUUCAGGCUUGGUAAUUCGCAAAUUCCUGGUUGUUUAACCCUCGAUCACGGAACUAGAAUCCAUAGUUGCGAGCCUGGUAUGAUCUGCUCCACCAUUUCUAAAGGCCCCUUCGUAUACAUUACACCCGUUGUAUCACGUUUGAAUGACGGUUCCGAGGUUCCUGAAUUGGGAGCUGGAGGCGGAAAGGGUGACCUUUACCAAAGCCAUGAGUUGGAGCUACAAGAUGAUUUUACCUUCCAGCAACUUUUGAACGUAUGUUCUGAGCGUAUUCAGGACGAGGAAAUCCAUACGUCGAUAAUAGCGGCUUUGUCAGAAGCGCAUAAGUCGAAAUCAAAAUCGUUGUCACUCGACGCUUACGGGAUAAAGGAGGAUCAAGAGAUCUCAGUCCAGCAACUCGACAUCUUCCCUUGUACAAUAGACCCUGUGUCGUGGAACGAAGAGGUAUCCCUUCAACAAGCUGGUAAUUGUCCCGGAGCGACCUCCUUGCCCUCUCAGCAGACGUCGAACAAUAUAAACCUAGAAUCAUAUAAUGUGGACUCACAAUCGUCAUCCCUGAACUCCCAAAUAGUCGCCAUAAAACACAUUCUGCAAGAAAAACACCGAAAUCACGAACUGGAAUUCCACCUCCCGUCUUCAUUUCCAGACUUCAAUAACGAAAAUGCUGCCAAUGGUGAUUCUUCCCCGCGAACCUCACAAGCCCAACCGCAGCCUCAAAAUAUCAGCAUAUCCGUUUCCCUCCCGGUUCCACAGCCACAGACCACCCAAGACGAUAAUUGCCACCAACCACCCACCGACACCAAUAUCCUUAAUGACAACAAUGACAGUCUCGCCGACAAUCUUCUCGACGAUGAGAGCACCUGCUCGCUGUCCCCGUCCGCUGUUGGCUCCGAACAAUCCAUGACAGACACAUAUACGACGAGCGCGAGAAGGAAGCGCCGUAUGGCCGCAUACCAUGCAGCUCGUAAGGGCACGUACGAGGCAUGGUCUACUCUCUACUCACCUGUUAGCGCAGGCAAUAACCACACCGAGGAGGAGGUUGAGCUGUAA